AUGUCGGUAAGCAUUGUGUUUUUGUGCAUUGUGUUUGCGAUGACUGCUUUGUUCUGCGUACCAGACGAAGUUUUCCAACCGAAGAAUAUCGAUUUAAAUGCGAAUACCGUCGACGAAGCUGAGCGCGAGGUUGAGUUGUUUAAGCGAUUUGUUCUUGACUGUCAGCCUCGUGAGAACCGCAAAAAAGUGAAUCUCAACAUAAACGUUCUGCUGGGCAGCAAGCAGUCGCCGAUGAAAUUCGUGGACACGGUGGCAGUUUGA